AGCGCCAGCGUCUCCACAGGUGCAGCUUCACAAAGAGCUCCCACACACCCUGGAGCGCCACCUAUCCCAGCAGCCCCCGGGGCAUGAACCCGCUGAACCUGGCUCUGCUGGCUCUGCAGGCUGCUGGGCUCCCAUUCGUCGUCGUUGUGUUUGUUUGUAAAUGGUGCGUGGGCAGCAGGGAGGAGCUCUUGUAAAGACCUCUGUGUGGUGGAAUUUUCAGAGUUACUACUGUGGCCUGUGUCCUCUGUGCUGACCUCAUGGUGUAAACAGCACUAAACAUGAGCAUAAGCAGUGAUGAAGUCAACUUCCUGGUGUACAGAUACCUCCAGGAGUCAGGCUUUUCUCACUCAGCCUUUACCUUCGGCAUUGAGAGCCACAUCAGCCAGUCCAACAUUAACGGCGCUCUGGUGCCCCCUGCUGCCCUGAUCUCCAUCAUACAGAAGGGCCUGCAGUAUGUGGAGGCGGAGGUCAGCAUCAACGAGGACGGCACGCUGUUUGACGGGCGGCCGAUCGAGUCGCUGUCGCUGAUCGACGCGGUGAUGCCGGACGUGGUUCAGACGCGGCAGCAGGCCUACCGGGACAAGCUGGCCCAGCAGCAGGCUGCUGCAGCCCCGCCCACCGCCCCGCCCAGCCUGCAGGGCGGCGCCAAGAACGGCGAGAACACCGCCAACGGAGAGAGAACGAGCCAUGCCCAGCCAUGACCACCGCCCAGCUGCACAUCCCGCUGCUGGAGGUUGUGUCUUCACGCUCUCCUCUGACCCCCCCAUAACCACUCAGAUAUGAUGGAGGUGGACGGCGAUGUGGAGAUCCCUCAGAGCAAAGCCAUGGUGCUCAGGGGCCACGAGUCCGAGGUGUUCAUCUGCGCCUGGAACCCCGUCAGCGACCUGCUGGCAUCAGGCUCUGGAGACUCGACGGCGCGGAUCUGGAACCUGAGUGAGAACAGCAGCGGCAGCUCCACACAGCUGGUGCUCCGCCACUGCAUUCGGGAGGGGGGGCAGGACGUCCCCAGCAACAAGGACGUCACCUCGCUAGACUGGAAUAGUGAAGGUACGCUGCUAGCUACAGGAUCCUACGACGGAUUCGCCAGAAUAUGGACUAAAGAUGGUAACCUUGCCAGUACCUUGGGUCAGCACAAGGGUCCUAUUUUUGCUCUGAAAUGGAAUAAAAAAGGAAAUUUCAUUCUUAGCGCUGGAGUUGAUAAGACCACAAUCAUAUGGGACGCUCACACGGGAGAGGCUAAGCAGCAGUUCCCCUUUCAUUCAGCUCCUGCGCUGGAUGUAGACUGGCAGAGCAACAACACGUUUGCGUCCUGCAGCACAGACAUGUGCAUCCACGUGUGCAAGCUGGGUCAGGACCGGCCCGUCAAAACCUUCCAGGGGCACACGAACGAGGUGAACGCGAUCAAGUGGGAUCCGACCGGUAACCUGCUGGCAUCCUGCUCAGACGACAUGACGCUGAAGAUCUGGAGUAUGAAACAGGACACCUGCGUUCACGAUCUACAGGCGCACAGCAAAGAGAUCUACACUAUCAAAUGGAGCCCGACUGGGCCUGGAACCAGCAACCCCAACGCCGGCCUCAUGCUGGCCAGUGCGUCGUUUGACUCGACGGUGCGGUUGUGGGAUGUGGACCGGGGCGUGUGCAUCCACACGCUCACCAAACACCAGGAGCCCGUGUACAGCGUGGCCUUCAGCCCCGACGGCCGCUUCCUGGCCAGCGGCUCCUUCGACAAGUGCGUCCACAUCUGGAACACACAGACGGGCGCUUUAGUCCACAGCUACAGGGGAACUGGCGGCAUUUUUGAAGUUUGCUGGAAUGCAGCAGGUGAUAAAGUGGGAGCAAGUGCAUCAGAUGGAUCUGUAUGUGUGUUAGACCUGCGGAAAUAGCGCUGCUUGCUGGAAGCCAUGGACCGACUAUGAAUGUGUACAUAGCCAAAACGACUGUCUCCAUCCCAUACUGCUGCAUGGCCAGCCACUGCAGCCAAUCACUGACCCUCCUGGACAAGGGCACACCCCCUCACCUACAGGCUCCGCCCACACACAGACAUACAAGGGACUUCUGUGUCACGGAAAAAGACAAGGAGAAAGUGGACCCAUAUAUGUACCAUUUUGGAAAUAUAUUUUCUGUUUUGUUCUUCAAAACCAGUCUCAAUAAAAAAAAAAGAAAAAAUGAAAAAAAAGGUUUUUCUUUGUUGGUAGAUGAGUUUGCGCGAGACGGGCUUUCUCCACCCUGCAGCCAGCCACCUGCUCUUUCAGUUACAGCAGCAUGACUCAGAGGGCGAGCCCACUCCCUCCCCCCUAUGGAAAUGCUCCUUCGAAAUAAAUGUCUUUGGUACUGUAUGUUUUGUUCGAGGGGGGCUCUGAUAUUUACAACUUUUCUUUCCUUUCACUUGUCACCUAUAAAUGCAAUUGCUUUUUUUUCAUUACUUUCAUUCUGUCAAGUUUUUGGAAAUGCAAGAAUACAAUGGGCACAGAAAUUUGUCAAUCAUCAUUUUGCUUUAAAGACGUAAUUAUGGUUUGUGCACUGUUGAUAAAACAUAAAAAUAUCAUUCAUAGAACUUUCUGGACAAAGGUGUACUACUGUGCCUGUUCUCAGAAAGCACUAUUCUUUAGUAAACUGCAGAUGACGUGUCAGUCAUCCCCAAAAAGACACGUCAGUAUUAAUGACUGAUGAUGUGUAGCUUUUAAAGCUGGGGUCCAGAGCCCUGGCCUGGAGAGCCAGAGGUUCAGACCCCCGAGACCAGGGCGGGAUUCUGAGGGACUGAGACACAGGCUGUGUGACUCUCGGACCCGGGUUUGGGGCCCUCUGUCUGAUACAGAAGCGCACUGGCUGUCCUCCGGUGUCUGACUGGUUUUAGGUUUAUUUUUCCAGCUCAGACCAGCGUGUCCCGGUACCUGCAUCCCAGGCGAUGGUUCUGUUGGGUCUGGCGCUGUGUGCCAGUGUCGGGCAGACUCCUGGCUCUGGAGCUGAGCAGGUUUGGGUCAUCUUGUGCUUAAAGGCUUCAGUAUCACACCCGCUGUGCUCGCUGCCCCCCCCCCCCCGUCCCAGCUGUCUGAACACAUUCGAUUGUUCCUUACAGAACUGGAGGCACUUCAUACAGAAGGGUUUGUCCAGUGAGAAGCUUGGUACCGCAGGGUGCUGAGGCUGCUCAGGCUAGUGAGCACAGAAGAGCCCACGGUAGGGAGAGGACUGGGUAAAUGAGAUUAAUGCAGCUAUAUAGACGUCUGUUUUCACAGGAGAUUUUGUGUUGCUGCUCAAAUCUAAGGGAAGCGGUCUGUUUCAGUCUGUUACUGUUCUUUUCCAACGCCACUUUGCUGCAGAUACGCAUCAUGUGAGUGAAGUCUGUCAUGCAACAGCUACUAUGUCUGUUUUUUUUUUUUAAUACAGAAUGCCAUGUGAUCGUCACAGCAACAGCAUCCCCACCUUAUUUCUGUUCUUUUCUGUGAACCCAUCCACAUUUCAGACCCUCUCCUGUACUGAAGCAGGUGAAGCAGAUUAAAUGACUGGUGCUUCAGCCGCAAUGGCUUUCACAGCACUGGCUUGUGCUCUGAUUGGCCAGGGAGAAGAGGAAGAGGGCGGAGCUUGGCCAGCCUGUCCGUCACCAUCCCGCAGUAACCAGCACACCUGUGCUUCAGUCUCUUUUUUUAAGCCUUACGUGUUCGUUUGAUGUGUAGGAUAUCACGACUUAUAAUCUUUAAAGUUUUAUACAGUGUAGAACUUUUGAAUGCUGUAUAAAGUUUGUCUACUUUAAGUAGAUUGUACCAUCUGGACUCUAUUUAUUAUACAGUCUGACAGUGAAAAUGGCUAUUUUAUGUUUUUAAAGAAUAUUUAGUUUUGUUUCUGCAGGCCUGUUUUCCUCCCAUUGUCACCAGAAUUCUGAUCUGAUUCUUACUCUGUUUGCCCCGGAGAGCGUCUGUACUCAGAUAAAUUUUAUAAUUAUAUAAUUAUCACUUUUCUUUGUAGCUGUUAAGGCAAAAGGAGUAAAAGUGAGCAGAAUAUUGGGCGUGUGGUGUCACCUUGGACCGUGUGUGUACCACCGGUCUGUAGUGACCGCUCCCUGUAGGCCGCAUGCGUACCACCGGUCUGCAGUGACCGCUCCCUGUAGGCCGCGUGCGUACCACCGGUCUGCAGUGACCGCUCCCUGUAGGCCGCAUGCGUACCACCGGUCUGCAGUGACCGCUCCCUGUAGGCCGCAUGCGUACCACCGGUCUGCAGUGACCGCUUCCUUUAGGCCGCGUGUGUACCACCGGUCUGCAGUGACCGCUCCCUGUAGGCCGUGUGUACCACCGGUCUGCAGUGACCGCUUCCUGUAGGCCGUGUGUACCACCGGUCUGCAGUGACCGCUUCCUGUAGGCUGCGUGCGUACCACCGGUCUGCAGUGACCGCUCCCUAUCCACAUUCAGGCUUUAUUUUCUGACUAAAUCACAUCCAGUUUUCUGUUGCCGAUUCUCUUUGCAUUGUAUUGAUCUGUUGUACUUUGAAUCAGAUCUGAAAAAAAAAGUCCAGAAUAAAAUAUAUUUUGAUAUUA